AUGGCUGGGGCUGAAGACUCGCCAUUCCCGCCGCUUCUUAACGAGCUGGCCCGUGUUCGAAGAUCGAAUCUCACGGCGGCGAUCGGAGAUGUGGACAAGAUCAUAGGCCUCCUGAUGGCUGCGCGGGAUCAAGUCGCUGCUGAUGACGACGCCCACAAGAUCGGCAUGGCGAUGACGACGCUUCAGAAUCCCGUCAAGGCUCAGUUGGAAGCCAUAAACAAUGAUCUGAAGGAGGUCACCAAGGCCCAGAAGGCCUUUGGCAAAGCACUCGACAAGCAGGCUCUCCCACAGCGAGACCUCCCCAUGGAGACGGACGCGAUGGCGGAUCAUCCAGCACUCAUAAACCGGGCCCUGGCCAUGCAUCUCCUACGCGAGGGCCAAUUCUCAGUCGCCUCUACAUUUCUACGAGAGGAGCAGCAACAGCGGGAGCAGAAGGAAACAGCGACCAUGUCCCAACUCCUGCAACGAAGGGACGAAGAUGGCGACAACAGCAUGACCAAGGACGACGAAGGCGAUGCCGAAAUGCAAAGCCUGCAUUCCGAAGACUUGCAGGACAAGUUUUCUGAAAUGUACAGCAUCCUGGCGGAACUGAAGCAGCGAAACCUCACUCCGGCAAUACGAUGGGCUCGGCUCAACAACGGCAGGCUGGAAGGUAAGGGAAGCAACCUCGAGUUUGAACUGUGCAAGCUGCAGUACAUAUGGCUCUUCAAGGGUCAUGCUCAGAACGGCCUGCCAGACGACAGCAGCAACGGGAAGCUUGGCGCGCUGGCGUAUGCCCAGAAGCACUUUGCCCCUUUUCAGAGACGGCACCUAAAGGAGAUUCAGCAACUCAUCUGCGCAAUGCUAUUUGCCCCCAACAUCGAAUCGUCACCCUACCGGCACAUCUUCGAAAUCAACUCGGCGUUCGAAGACGUCGCCACAUCCUUCACCCGUGAAUUCUGCUCGCUGCUCGGCCUAGCCGCCGAAUCGCCGCUGUACGUGGCUGUCACGGCAGGAUCUAUCGCGUUACCGCGCCUAAUAAAAUACACGACCUACAUGAAGGAGAAGAAGACGGAGUGGACGACGGAGAAUGAGCUCGCGUUUGAGACGCCCCUUCCGGAAUCCAUGAUAUACCACCCCAUCUUCGUAUGUCCCGUCAGCAAGGAGCAGACAACCGAGUCGAAUCCUGCCAUGAUGCUCCCGUGCGGACACGUCAUCUGCCGCGACAGCCUGCACAGAAUAGCGAAAGGCUCUCGCUACAAAUGUCCUUAUUGUCCGACCGAGGGACAUUUGCGGGAUGCCACGAUGAUAACCCUCUGA